AUGAAGGGGGUCAAGUCAUUUUUUAUCAUCGCAUCUGUUGUCGCCACAGCUUUAGCUGCACCGGGAUCAUGGCGUAACAAAUGUAAGAAUCCGCGAGUCCGAAAAGAGUGGCGAUCCGAGUCCCUGGGAUAUAAUGGUCGGAAGGCAUUUGUAGAUGCUAUCAAGUGUUUGAGCUCCUUGCCUCAUGAUCCUGGGCUUAAACCCACUGGCGCUACGCCUGGACUCCCUCCGAUUAGGGCUGACAGUUCACGAUAUGACGACUUCGUGUAUACGCAUAUGGAUGCCACCGACAGUGCUCAUUACACCGGCAUCUUCUUCGGUUGGCAUCGGCUGUUCCUGAAUACGUUGGAGAACAUGCUUCGAAAGGAAUGCCACUAUACCGAAUCUCUUCCCUUCUGGGAUUGGACGUCCAAGGAUUACCACGACAUCGAGCAUUCGUACAUUUUCAAUGCCGAUCCCGAAGUCGGGUUCGGUGCAUUUCCAGGUCCAGAGACAAACUACACUGUCACGACCGGAGCCUUCCGUAAUUUGAUCCGCGCGUAUCCAUACACUCAUCAUGUUCAGAGGAAUUACAGCCUAACUCCGUGGGAGGAGCCCCGACCCCCGUUCACUUUUCGUAAACCACAUCUUCAGGCGAAUACAACCCUCACACCCAAGGAAUGGAAGAGGCUUGUGACUGGUUUUACUGGGAAUUACUCAGCCUUUCAAUAUAUGGUCGAUGGUGUGCGGUGGCAAGGUAUGCAUAGUGCCGCACAUCUUAUCAUCGGAGGGCUCGGAGGGGACGCGUCAAAUUUAUCUUACUCACCAAACGUGCUGUCAACAGACGUAAUAUUCUUCCUCCUUCACUGCCAACUUGAUCGUCUUUGGGCCGCAUGGCAAGCACACUCUCCCCAUAAUAGGCAUGCCAUUGGCGGGGGUCUGACUCAGGAUAUCACCAAUUACGACAUAUAUCCGACCGGGAGGGGUACGCCAGUUACGUUGGACACCGUUGUUCCUCUUUCGAAUCUCGGCCCCGAUACGAAAAUCAAAGAGUUGAUGGACACGGAAGGCGGUGUCCUAUGCUACAAGUAUGAAUAUUACUGA